UCAUUCUAUGAGUAGUUCUGAUCCGCAAGUACAGAGGGUUACUUAUCUGCACGUGGGAAAAAUUAAAACUCGGUGAAUAAUAUAUAUAUAUUCUGGUACCUUCUUUUCUUUUCUUUCACAUAGGCAAGCUACGAUCAAUCUAACCUCAUAAAAACAACAUAAAAGCACAUUUUGAACAAUGAGUGAAAAACAAGAUGAUCAACCAAAUAAAAAAGCUUGGACAGAAGCUGAGAGGUUGGAACUAGCUGCGAAGCUUGACAAAGAUCUAGAAGAUUAUAUAGACAAUCUUGAUAAAAAAUCAUAUUCUGAAGGAUGGCCAGAGGAUCGUUGGCAAGAAGAGAUGGAGAAGCAUCCCUUCUUCAUGACUCAACUGCCAGAAAAUCCUAACGAAGUGUCUCCUCUCAUAGAAGGAUUGCAGCAAUUGAAAUACAGCGAAGAGUACAAUACUCCAAAUGAAUUGGCUCAAAGCUAUAAAGAAGAUGGCAAUUUUAAUUAUAAACAUAAAAAAUAUCGCCUCGCUAUUCUCUGUUUUAGUAAAGGUAUUUCCAGCAAAUGUGAGAAUACUGAACUCAUGGCUCAAUUGUAUAACAAUAGAGCAUUAGCUCAAUUCAAACUACAAAAUUAUAGAUCAGGUUUAAAUGAUUCAAAACAGGCACUGAAGUUAAAGCCUGAUUAUUUAAAACCAUUACAUACAGCAGCCAAGUGUUGUUUUAAGGUAAAAAAUUAUGAUAAAUGUGUUAGUUACUGCGAUCAGGUUCUCAAUAUGUUAGAGCAAAAGAACCAAAUAGACUAUGAAAUUGUUACUUUAAGAGCAAAGGCUGUAAAAGAGAAAAAAAUUAAGCUAAGAGAUAUUAGAUUGCAGGAAUUAAAAGAAAAGAAAGGUGAUAAAAUCAGGGAAGAAAUAAUAGAAGCCAUAAAAGCUAGCAAAAUAAGAACAGAUAAUUCUGAUGUAUUUUACGACAGUCAAUGUCAUGUUCAUCUUAAUGAAACGGGUGAAUAUUUGGUUUGGCCUGUAAUUUUUGCCUAUCCUGUAAACAAUCAGACUGACUUUAUUCAAAACUUCCAAGAAGAUAUAUUACUCAUAGAGCAAUUAGAAGAAAUGUUCAAGGAAUCCCCUGCGUGGGAUACUAAACAAGCUUACAUAAUAAGUGGAACUGAGAAUACUUUAAAUGUAUAUUAUGAAGGUAUUGACAGAAAACCAUAUAAAGUGGAUGUUAACAAGCCCUUGGGAUCAAUUUUACAAGAAGAAAAGUUUAUUGUAAAAAAUGGCACGCCAUGGUUUUUCAUUCUUUUAGCUGAUAGUAAAGAGGAAGAAAGUUUCUUGAAAGCUUAUAGAUAAUUGUUGCUUGUUACAGCUUAUAUGCUUAACAUACGAUUCAUCUGUUAAUUUUAAAAACAGUGACAGCAAAGACUUAUUUCAAUGUACAUUUUUGAAGAUUGCGACUUUUAUGAAAAAUACAAUAUUGUUACAAAAUUGUAUACAAUAGUAGCAGUUUAAAUUGUAAGAAUCCUUGUACAUAUACAUAAUAUUCUAAUAAGUUUUGUUACAAACAAAUAAAUAUCUAAUUUAUAUAUUAUAGAGAAAAAUUUUGACCUUCUAUUUCAAUGUGAUUGCAUUUAAAAUUACUCAAAAAAUCAUAAAAUAAAAUAUCUGAAAGAUUGUUUAUUACUAUAAA